AUGUUAUAUGUAUUUCUAGUAGAUACAGGCACCAUGUUGACCUUUGACAUGAACCUGGCCAUGGAAAGUGUGUCUAAAUUACAAACUGUAAUAUCAAGAGCUUGUCAUAUCUCGGAAGAUAAACAAGUAUUGUUGAUUAGUGGUGGAGAGAGUUUAGAUCCUCAUGCUAGAGUAGGGCGGUACUCAGCUGGCACUGAUACAAAUCCAAUCUAUUUAUUCAGUAAAACAACAAUAGAAGCUGCCACCCCACCAUCACCUAGUGUACAUCAUGGAUCAGGUAAGGAUUUACUGACAGGUCAAUGA